AUGGAGGAUCUAUCGCUCUAUUUCUCGAACGAAGACAACCACGAUCAACGGAGUGACAAAUCAAAUUUCAAACAGAGUCGAAAAGAGUUGAAGGCUCGACGUCCAAAGUCCUUCGUUUCAUACAGAAAUGAGAACGGUUUGUCGAGUGAACCGCAUUACUCCAUAACUUCGGUCGAAAUAGACCAACUUUACGCAAAUAGUGCUGAGGUCUUCACGGCAAAGUCAGAUUUACCUCAAGACAUGCCCUGCCAAUUACCCCCGGAGGUUGAAGAGGGUAACAUUGAAUAUAAACGGAAACUGGUCAACCCGUCUCCCAACCGUUUCGAACAUUUGGUCACCCAAAUGAAAUGGCGACUCAAUGAGGGUGGCGGAGAAGCUAUCUAUCGACUUGGUGUGGACGACGACGGUCGAAUUAGUGGGUUGGAACCGAAAGAGCUUGCCUACUCGUUGACAACACUGCAACGGAUGGCCAAACGUUUGAAUGCCACUCUGCAUCCAUUACGCGAACGAACGAUAAGCGAGUCGAAUUACGAUCUUACAAAAUCACGCAAUGAAACCUCGACGAAUCCCAGAGCACGAAAAGCCGUGGAAUUAUUAGUGCGUCAAUCUCCAUCGAAUAAUCGGGGAGAACCAAGCGUGUGCGUUGCCGUCCUUGGUGGAGUCGAUGCGGGAAAGUCAACUUUGAUCGGUGUCCUGACAGACGGUGAACUAGACAACGGUCGUGGUCGGGCUCGUCUCAAUCUGUUUCGUCACUUGCACGAGGUGCAGUCUGGACGCACAAGCAGUCUAAGUAGUGAAUUGCUUGGUUUCGAUGCCUCCGGUUCGGUGACCAACUAUACACGAGCUGAUGGUCGCUUGUGUCGUUCUUCGACUGACGAGUCUUACGAUACAUGA